AAGUGGACCAGCCAGGUGGAGGAGGUCUUUGGUUAAACAGAAACCCGGGGUAGAGGAGGCAGGAGCAACGCGCUGGACGCACACUAUGCGCAUGAGUUUCCAUUCGGAAAGAUGUACGUGAGUUAUCUUUUGGAGAAAGACACCAGCAUGUACCCAAAUUCAGUGCGACAUCCCAGCCUAAACUUGAACCAUCAGAACUUUGUUCCCGCACCUCCGCAGUAUUCGGAUUUCAGCGGAUACCACCAAAUUCCUGGGAUUAACAAUGACCCUCACCACAGCCAGACCGGGGCCUGGAACCCCGCUUACGCACCGCCGACCCGGGAAGACUGGUCACCCUAUGGGCCAGGGACAGGACCGUCCACAUCUAAUCCGGGACCAAUUGGCUAUAGCCACCCAGAGUUCGCUCCAGUCCCACAACCCGGGCUUCUCCCGUUGUCUGUCAACUCAUCUGUAGGUCAGCUUUCUCCCAUUUCUCAGCGCAGAAACCCGUAUGAUUGGAUGAGGCGGAGCGCACCACCGGCAAAUUCAGGUAGGUUACCUGAGGAGGUGUUUCAUAAAUGUUUUGUAAUCAAGGAAUGUAUCAUUUUGUUGUCCAUAAGACCAUAGAAAAUAAAGACUAAAUCAUACAAAAUAAAUUUAAUUUAAUUUACAUGUAGCAAAGCAGACACUUAUAAGAAAUAUAAUGGGUCAAAUUCAGUGUCUUUGGUCCAUUUUCUUUCUGAAACCACAGAUACUGAAAUACUGUACGCACCGUAGUGAGAAGAAAAAGCUCAACCAGAACAACUGGGCUUGCAAAUGCGUGCACCUGUUCACUGAAUUCAGAGACGAAUUCAUGUUUCAACUCAGAAAGAUGGAAUACCAGGUUACCUGGCCGUCGCUUGGAUGUUCAUAGCUGAUUCAUUCGUUAGUAUUUGUUCAAUCCCAUCAAAGUAUUUGACGUUGCAUAUUGUCAUGUGAUAUCAUUACUGACAUACACUUUAUCUUGCGCGGUCAUCAGCAUAUUUGGUCCUCUCGUGCUCACUGUUCUUUUGUGAAGUCAUGAAUCACACCUCGCAUGCCGUCAUAAAUUAGUGGUAUUAUCUCGUGAGUUUUAUGGUUAUAAUAUUGCCUAUGUAAUGUAUUUACAAGUUGAUGGUAAACCAGGGUAUGUACUUUAAUUGCAUUGCAAUACGUGCUAAAUGAUUAUCCUUAAGAUUAUAAUUGCCUAUCAUCAUGCAGUAAAAAGGAGUAGGUUAGUAUAGCCUAUAACAUGCAUAAUAUAGUCUAGGCUAUAUCAAUUACUUUAUUACCAUAUUCAUGAUCAUCGUCGAAUUAAUCUUUGAUUUUGUCUGGUGUAGCCUAUAGGCUUCACAAUUAUGUUAUGCUCCUCCUAUUAUGUGAGCAAUCCCUCGUUUUCCCUACGACAGAUUUCAUAAUGUUACAAGAUUUUUUCAUAAUAUCAUUAAGAAUUCUCUAGUCUGCUGAGACGGCUUAACCUGGAAGUGAUCAGAUGAAAGAAACCGUCUGGGGUUUGAAGAUCUUGUAAUGCAAAUUAUGCGGUUGGUUGUCUUCUUGUAUGUCGUAGGGCUCUAGAAUUGUUUGCUAUGUUGUAAUUCUUUGUUAGCCAUUAUGUCUCUAGGCAGGAGUUCUUGUUGUCAAUUACUUUGAUGUCGCUCGCUUGGUUCACGCUUGUCCUCCACCAGACCUUAUGCGUCAUAAUGGCCUGCUGAUAUAAUACGUCAGGCAUUGACAUCAUAUCACAUAACAUUAAAAAAAUAUAUACAUAUUUUACUGAAUUGAGUUGAAUGGGCAUGGAAGCACAUUGGUGUACUGUUCCUACAGAUUUAUUAACUCACUUACUGUAUAUGCCUGUAUUUGAGUUCGAUCCUCUAUGGCCCUCAAACUCAACUCUGGACCACUUUUUAUUUUAUCUAUUUAUUUUUAUUUGUUUAUUUCACCUUUAUUUAACCAGGUAAGCCAGUUGAGAACAAGUUCUCUUUUACAACUGCGACCUGGCCAAGAUAAAGCAAAGCAGUGCGAUAAAAACAACAAACACAGAGUUACAUAUGGAAUAAACAAAACAUACAGUCAAUAACACAAUAGAAAAUCUAUAUACAGUGUGUGCAAAUGUAGUAAGUUAUGGAGGUAAGGCAAUAAAUAGGCCAUAUUGCAAAAUAAUUACAAUUUAGUAUUAACACUGGAGUGAUAGAUGUGCAGAAGAUGAUGUGCAAAUAGAGAUACUGGGGUGCAAAUGAGCAAAAUAAAUAACAAUGUAAAUAACAAUAUGGGGAUGAGGUAGUUGGGUGGGCUAAUUACAGAUGGGCUGUGUACAGGUGCAGUGAUCGGUAAGCUGCUCUGACAAGUGAUGCUUAAAGAUAGUGAGGGAGAUAAGUGUCUACAGCUUCAGAUAUUUUUGCAGUUCGUUCCAGUCAUAUGCAGCAGAGAACUGGAAGGAAUGGCGGCCAAAGGAGGUGUUGGCUUUGGGGAUGACCAGUGAGAUAUACCUGUUGGAGCGCAUACUAUGGGUGGGUGUUGCUAUGGUGACCAAUGAGCUAAGAUAAGGCGGGGAUUUGCCUAGAAGAGAUUUAUUGAUGACCUGGAGCCAGUGGGUUUGGCGACGAAUAUGUAGUGAGGGCCAGCCAACGAGAGCGUACAGGUCACAAUGGUGGGUAGUAUAUGGGGCUUUGGUGACAAAACGGAUGGCACUGUGAUAGACUACAUCCAAUUUGCUGAGUAGAGUGUUGGAAGCUAUUUUGUAAAUGACAUCACCGAAGUCAAGGAUCGGUAGGAUAGUCAGUUUACCGAGGGCAUGUUUAGCAGCAUGAGUGAAGGAGGCUUUGUUGCGAAAUAGGAAGCCGAUUCUAGAUUUCACUUUGGAUUGGAGAUGCUUAAUGUGAGUCUGGAAGGAGAGUUUACGGUCUAACCAGACACCUAGGUAUUUGUAGUUGUCCACAUAUUCAGACCCGCCGAGAGUAGUGAUUCUAGUCGGGCGGGCGGGUGCAAGCAGCAUUCGAUUGAAGAGCAUGCAUUUAGUUUUAUUAGCGUUUCAGAGCAGUUGGAGGCAACGGAAGUAGUGUUGUACGGCAUUGAAGCUCGUUUGGAGGUUUGUUAACACAGUGUCCAACGAAGGGCCAGAUGUAUACAAAAUGGUGUCGUCUGCAUAGAGCUGGAUCUGAGAGUCACCAGCAGCAAGAGCGACAUCAUUGAUAUACACAGAGAAUAGAGUCGGCCCGAGAAUUGAACCCUGUGGCAUCCCCAUUGAGACUGCCAGAGGUCCAGACAACAGACCCUCCGAUUUGAGAAGUAGUUGGUGAACCAGGCAAGGCAGUCAUUUGAGAAACCAAGGCUAUUUAGUCCGCCAAUAAGAAUGCAGUGAUGGACAGAGUCAAAAGCCUUGGCCAGGUCGAUAAAGACGGCUGCACAGUACUGUCUUUUAUCGAUCGCAGUUAUUAUAUCGUUUAGGACCUUGAGCGUGGCUGGGGUGCACCCAUGACCAGCUCGAAAAACCAGAUUGCAUAGCGGAGAAGGUACAGCGGGAUUCUAAAUGGUUGGUGAUUUGUUUAUUAACUUGGCUUUCAAAUACUUUCAAAUAAGGCAGGGCAGGACGGAUAUAGGUCUGUAACAGUUUAGAUUUAGAGUGUCACCCCCUUUGAAGAGGGGGAUGACCGCGGCAGCUUUCCAAUCUCUGGGGAUCUCAGACGAUACGAUAGAGAGGUUGAACAGGCUAGCAAUAGGGGUUGCGACAAUUUCUGCGGCUAAUUUUAGAAAGAAAGGGUCCAGAUUGUCUAGCCCAGCUGAUCUCUAGGGGUCCAGAUUUUGGGCAAGUUGCAGCGGAGGGUGCAGAGCUGGUGGCCGGGGUAGGGGUAGCCAGGUGGAAAGCAUGGCCAGCCGUAGCAAAAUGCUUAUUGAAAUUCUUGAUUAUCGUAGAUUUAUCGGUGGUGACAGUGUUUCCUAGCCUCAGUGCAGUGGGUAGCUGGGAGGAGGUGCUCUUAUUCUCCAUGGACUUUACAGUGUCCAAAAACGUUCUGUUUGAAAAAGCUAGCCUUUGCUUUCCUAACUGAUUAUGUAUAUUGGUUCCUGACUUCCCUGAAAAGUUGCAUAUCACGGGGGCUGUUCAAUGCUAAUGCAGUACGCCACAGGAUGUUUUUGUGCUGGUCAAGGGCAGUCAAGUCUGGGGUGAACCAGGGGCUAUAUCUGUUCUUAGUUCUGCAUUUUUUGAAUGGGGCAUGCUUAUUUAAGAUGGAGAGGAAAGCACUUUUGAAGAACAUCCAGGCAUCCUCUACUGACGGAAUGAGGUCAAUAUCCAUCCAGGAUACCCGGGCCAGGUCAAUUAGAAAGGCCUGCUCGCUGAAGUGUUUUAGGGAGCGUUUGACAGUGAUGAGGGGUGGUUGUUUGACCGCGGACCCAUUACGGACGCAGGCAAUGAGGCAGUGAUUGCUGAGAUCCUGGUUGAAGACAGCGGAGGUGUAUUUAGAGGGUAAAUUAGUCAGGAUGAUAUCUAUGAGGGUGCCCAUGUUUACGGAUUUAGGGUUGUACCUGGUAGGUUCCUUGAUAAUUUGUGUGAGAUUGAGGGCAUCUAGUUUAGAUAGUAGGAUGGCCGGGGUGUUAAGCAUAUCCUAGUUUAGGUCCCCAAGCAGUACGAACUCUGAGGAUAGAUGGGGGGCAAGCAAUUCACAUAUGGUGUCAAGGGCACAACUGGGGGCUGAGGGGGGUCUGUAGCAAGCGGCAACAGUGAGAGACUUAUUUCUGGAAAGGUGUAUUUUUUAAAGUAGAAGCUCAAACUGUUUGGGCACAGACCUGGAUAGUAUGAUAGAGCUCUGCAGGCUAUCUCUACAGUAGAUUGCAACUCCGCCCCCUUUGGCAGUUCUAUCUAGACGGAAAAUGUUGUAAUUCGGGAUGGAAAUAUCUGAAUUUUUGGUGGCCUUCCUAAGCCAGGAUUCAGACACUGCUAGAACAUCAGGGUUGGCAGAGUGUGCUAACACAGUGAAUAACUCAAACUUGGGGAGGCGGCUUCUGAUGUUGACAUGCAAGAAUCCAAGGCUUUUACGGUUACAGAAGUCAACAAAUGAUAGCGCCUGGGGAGUAGGAGUGAUACUGGGGGCUACAGGGCCUGGGUUAACCUCUACAUCACCAGAGGAACAGAGGAGGAAUAGAAUAAGGAUACGGCUAAAGGCUUUAAGAACUGGUCCUCUAGGACGUUGUAGAAUAGAUUCAGGGCAUUAUGUACAGACAAUGAUAUGGAAGGAUAUGAGUACAGUGGAGGUACACCUAAGCAUUGGGUAACGCUGAAAGAGGUAGCAUCCCUGGAGGUAUCGAUUGAGCCGGUCUCCGCGUGUAUGGGGGGUGGGACAAAGGAGCUCUCUGAGGCUGGUUGAGCGGGACUGGAGGUUCUACAGUGAAAUAGUACAAUAAGAACUAACCCAAACAGCAAUAGGCUGGGCAUAUUGACAUGGGAGAGAGGCAUAAAGCAAUCACAGGUGUUAUUCGAGGGCUAAGACAACAACUGGCAAUGGCGACAAAAGUUUGGGCUGAGGCUAAACAGAUAAACAGGAUAGGGUACCGUGUAAAGGAACAGUCCAGCAGGCAUCAGCUGUGUAGCUGAGUGAUCAUAAGGUCCAGUGAAAAGCAAUAGCUAAGUCCGGGAGCAGUUUGUAGGCUGCUACAGCACAGGCGAGCAGGUGGCAUGGCUGUUGAUUGCGCAUGCUAGCGGGCCGGGGCUAUCAGAUGGAUCUUCGUGGUCGUCACAACGGGAAGCCUGUUGAAACCACAUCAGACCAUUAAGUCGGCAGACCAGUCGUGAUGGAUCGGCGGGGCUUCGUGUCGACACUAGGAGGUCCCGUCCGGUUGACAGAGAGGUAGAUAGCCGGGAGAUGGGCCUGGCUCGAGGCUAGCUCAAGGCUAACUGGUGCAUCGGGACAGUGGUGAAUUAGCCAACAUCAGCCAUUCGGUUGCAGCUAGCUAGUUGCGAUGAUCCGGUGUUAAGUUCCAGUGAUUCAGUGAUUCUGGCACAAAAUCCGAUAUGCUCUGGGUCGAUAGCACGCUGUGCAGACCGAUAAUUGUCCAGGCUAGAGCUGGCUGGUAGGUAGUGCAGGCCACGGACAGUGGUGAAGACCGCUAACGGUGGCUAAUAGCAAGUAGCUAGUUAGCUGGCUAGCUGGCUAGUUUCAGCUGUAGGUUCCACAUUGGGUUAGGCGGGUUGCAGGAAAGUAUAUUUGGUUAAAGGAUGGGAAGUGAGAUAGAUAAAUAUAUACGAGAAAAAAAUAUAUAACAGCCGCAACACGAGGACACAACACAAUUCACGACCACACUGCUAUGCCAUCUUGUAAUCUAUACCAGUUCCACUGCAUUUUUUAUUGUUCUCCUCUAAUCAGGGACUGAUUUAGACCUGGGACACCAGGUGUGUGCAAUUCAUUAUCAGGUAGAACAGAAAACCAGCAGGCUCUGGACCUCGUUGGCCUAGUGUCUGCUGGUUUUUAUUUUUUCCUUUGAAUUAAGACCUAGACAACCAGGGGAGGGGAGGGGAGUCCCUUACUAAUCAGUGAUCUUAAUGAAUCAAUCAAGUACAAGGGAGGAGCGAAAACCUGCAGGUACUUGGCCUUCCAUGGAAUGAGUUUGACACAUGCUCUAAGGCCUCUACCUGAGAUCCUCAAUAUGACUACACAUGUCCCAGCAUCUUGUUUUGAUUGACAUUUUGGACAUAAGUAUAUCAUCAGUUCAAGCAAGCAGGCCUAUUUCACAUGAGCCUACACACAAGCCCCUUCAGGCCUCACCGAUGAUCGCUAAAUAACUGGUACUGAAUUUGCAAGCAUGUAGUUUGAAGCCAUGUGAAUCGUAGACCAAACUGGCCAGCCUAGUGCCACAGAGUGAGAUGGCUAUACAGUGCAUUCGAAAAGUAUGCAGACCCCUUGACUUUUUCCACAUUUUGUUACGUUACAGCCUUAUUCUAAAAUUGAUUAAAUAUUUUUUUACGUCAUCAAUCGACACACAAUACCCCAUAAUGUUAAAGCAAAAACAGGUUUUUAGAAAUGUUAGCAAAUUUAUAAAAAAUAAAAAAUGAAAAUAUAACAUUUACAUAAGUAUCCAGACCCUUUACUCAGUACUUUGUUGAAGCACCUUUGGCAGCUAUUACAGCUUUGAGUCUUCUUGGGUAUGAUACUACAAGCUUGGCACACCUGUAUUUGGGAAGUUUCUCCCAUUCUUCUCUGAAGAUCCUCUCAAGCUCUGUCAGGUUAGAUGGUGAGCGUCGCUGCACAGCUAUUUUCAGGUCUCUCCAGAGAUGUUCGAUUGGGUUCAAGUCCAGGCUCUGGCUGGGCCACUCAAGGACAUUCAGAGACUUGUCCCGAAGCCACUCCUGCGUUGUCUUGGCUGUGUGCUUAGGGUCAUUGUCCUGUUGGAAGGUGAACCUUCGCCCCAGUCUGAGGUCCUGAGCGCUCUGGAACAGGUUUUCAUCAAGGAUCUCUCUGUACUUUGCUCCGUUAAUCUUUCCGGCGAUCCUGACUAGUCUCCCAGUCCCUGCCGCUGAAAAACAUCCUCACAGCAUGAUGCUGCCACCACCAUGCAUCACCGUAGGGAUGGUGCCAGGUUUCCUCCAGACGUGACGCUUGGCAUUCAGACCAAAGAGUUCAAUCUUGGUUUCAUCAGACCAGAGAAUCUUGUUUCUCAUGGUCUGAGAGUCCUUUAGGUGCCUUUUGGCAAACUCCAAGCGGGCUGUCAUGUGCCUUUUACUGAUGAGUGGCUUCUGUCUGGCCACUCUACCAUAAAGGCCUGAUUGGGGGAGUGCUGCAGAGAUGGUUGUCCUUCUGGAAGGUUCUCCCAUCUCCACAGAGGAAUUCUGGAGCUCUGUCAGAGUGACCAUUGGGUCUUGGUCACCUCCCCCGAACGCUCAGUUUGGCCGGGCGGCCAGCUCUAGGAAGAGUCUUGGUGGUUCCAAACUUCUUCCAUUUAAGAAUGAUGGAGGCCACUGUGUUCUUGGGGACCUUCAAUGCUGCAGAAAUGUUAUGGUAACCUUCCCAGAUUUGUGCCUCGACACAAUCCUGUCUCGGACCUCUACGGGCAAUUCCUUCAACCUCAUGGCUUUGUUUUUGCUAUGACAUGCACUGUCAACUGUGGAACCUUAUAUAGACAGGUGUGUGCCUUUCCAAAUCAUGUCCUAUCAAUUUAAUUUAUCACAGUUGGACUCCAAUCAAGUUGUAGAAACAUCUCAAGGAUGAUCAAUGGAAACAGGAUGCACCUGAGCUCACUUUUGAGUCUCAUAGCAAAGUGUCUGAAUACAUAUGUAAAUAAGGUAUUUUUUUAAAUGUAUUUUUUAUAUAUUUGCAAAAACAUUCUAAAAACCUUUGUCAUUAUGGGAUAUUGUAUGUAGAUUGAUGAGGGAAAAGUUUUAUUGAAUCAAUUUUAGAAUAAGGCUGCAACGUAACAAAAUGUGGAAAAAGUCAAGGGGUCUGAAUUCUUUCCGAAUGCACUGUAUAAAGCUUUUCUCUCUGUAUAGAACACCUAUCAGAAAUCAAGUUGUUGUCAGUGCCCGGGACCACUUAUGAUUAACAGAGGAAGCAUGAGCACAGACUUGGGUCUGCCAUAAAUGUCCAGUUCACUGCACCUAAUGGGCCCGGCUGGUUAAAAAAUACAUUUUUAACCCAAAUUUGUCAUUCCAGUUCAUGUGAUUAUCUGGUUGUCCCAGACGGGGAGUUUUAUGGUCCAUGUUAGCGAUUAACUCUAGACAAGAGCCAUGUCACUUUAUCAUAUCAGUCAGCCAACCAUUCAUUCUCAUGAACGUCUCAUUAACCUCCACCGCUAAACCAUUUAUCUUAGCAGCCAUCAGGGACAUCAUUACACAAGUGCAGCGCUACAGAUUGUGUGUCAAACGCAUUCUCUACUUAUACAAAGUCAAUAUUGCCACUUUUUAAACUUUUCACGUUUGGAUUCACAUCAUGGGUUCUGGAAUGCUGUUGGUAUUUUUGUUGCUAGUUCCAGCAAGGGAGACUAUUGUAUGACUGUUUAAUAUUUCCGGGUCCUCUACAGUUUUUUUAGGAUGCUUUGUCACCUGCCAUUCAGAUUAAAUGUUUAUGUACAGUCUCAGUUUGCACCUUGGAAGCCUCGUGACGCAAACUGUGUUGUCGCUGGUGAUGGGAACCACUCCAAUCAGUACAGUGUUUCAUUAACGCAGCAUGGAGAUUGUAUGGGUCAAUACCCCCGUAGACAUGCACCUCAGACGCCGUCUGUUUGGGAGUGGUCCGCCUGUGUCAACAUGGUAAUUAGAAAACAACGGUCAUCAGAGAAGAGGUAGUUAUUAUGAAUCAGGAGGUGAAGAGAAUCAUUUAGGGGUCGAUGGGAGCAGGAGGGUGUGUUCUGUGUUUCAACAGCCUAAUGGUAACUCUCUGGUCAUCAGGCCUGGCCUGGCACCUUUACAGGCAGGCCCCUCCCCCUCUCAGCUCACACAUUUUCAUUUUCAACUUGGUUGCUGCACUUAGGUCCCUCAUUCACUAUGGACAGAACGAAGUGACUUUUGAUUUCCGGUACCUAAUUAAAAAGACUAACUGAUCCCAGGGCUUUGCUAGUUUAUCUGUGUGUGUUUUAGUGAGAGGUUUCAUGUGUGAAAUGAAGCAGAAACCACAUUUUCACAUCUGUCUCAUCUUUAUCUACUCCUCUAAUAUCGGUUAUUUACGGCAUGUAAGUUGAUGUGAAAUCUGACUGUAGCAGCAGCCCAGUCGUCCUCCCAUCGUGACCAACGCAGGUGAAGCCCUACUGAGAAUCACAUCUCAAUCUUAUGCAAAUUGUCUGUUCAGCUAGUUUGAAUGGCAAACAAUUUGGACAGGGUAGAAAUUCUAUUAACAUAACGUCUGUUAAAGUUAAAAUAAACACAGAAGUAGUUUUUUCUAAUCUCUACAUUACGCACACAAUUUGAAAGUUGACUGAUGACUAUACUGUAACUCUGUUGCAGGUGGUAAGACACGAACGAAAGACAAGUACCGGGUGGUGUACACAGAUCACCAGCGGUUGGAGCUGGAGAAGGAGUUCCACUACAGCCGCUACAUCACCAUCAGGAGGAAAGCAGAGCUGGCCACCUCUCUCUGCCUCUCAGAACGACAGGUCAGACACAACACCAUGGGGCAGGGAGUCUCUCUCUCUCUCUCUCUCUCUCUCUCUCUCUCUCUCUCUCUCUCUCUCUCUCUCUCUCUCUCUCUCUCCACCAGCCACAGAGCACUUAUCUCCAAUCUUUUGUUUAUUCCACAGGUGAAAAUCUGGUUUCAGAAUCGGCGUGCCAAAGAAAGGAAAGUGAACAAGAAGAAGAUUCAACAGCCUCAGGCAGCGUCCACAACAACAUCUACUCCACCUGGCAAUGUUGCCAUGGUGACCAGCAGCAGUGGUUGCCUAGUGUCUCCGUCCCUACAAAUGACUAUCAAAGAAGAAUACUGAGGACGACGGUCUGAUGUAAAAAAAAGAAAAGACUUUGGGCCAAAUCUGACCUGCAAUAGAGACCCCAGUCAACAAGACAAAUGCAGGGGUCAA